AUGUCGCAGAUACGUCUUACCAACUUGCAGAAGCUGCGCAUCUGCAAGCACCAGGAUGCUAACCCGCGCAUCACCCAGACUGCCCUGGCGGCUUGGACAAAGGACGCCUUUGACCUCCAGAAGGCACUUUCCCAGGCAGCGAUCAGCAAAAUCAUAAAAAAAAGGAAGGAGCUUGAGGCAAUGGAAACCACUGACCUCAGCGCUAAGCGUCCUCGGACUGUCCAGCACCCAGCUGUGGAUGAGGCCGUCGCCUUCUGGGUCUUGCAGUGCCAGCACCGUGGGGUCGCUCUCACUGGAGAUCUCAUACGGGCCAAGGCUCAGACCUUUGCGGGAUCAAUGGGCGUCUCGGAGGAAAACAUCAGCUUUUCGCAUGGGUGGCUCCACAAAUUCCAGCAACGCCACAAACUGCGAGCUGUCCGCAUUCAUGGCGAGAGUGGCUCAGCAGAUAUGGGCGCUCUAGAGGAGGCUCUUCCACACCUCAAGGCCGUGGUUGCUGGUUAUGCGCCACGUGACGUGUACAACAUGGACGAAACUGGUUUGUUCUACAGUAUGACGCCCGACAAAACGAUCGCCCAGCAAGAGGUCGAAGGGUUUAAAAAAGACAAGACGCGCAUCACAGUUGCUCUCACGGCAAACGCUGAUGGAUCCGACAAACUCCCGCCGGUCUUCAUUGGACACGCCAAAAAGCCGCGGUGUUUUGAGCGCAAGACAGCUGAGCGACUGGGCUUUCUCUACCGCAACAACAAGAAAGCCUGGAUGACUGGCAUACUCUUCCAGGAAUGGCUGGGAGACGUCGACAAAAGUAUGAAGCAAAAGGAUAGAAAAAUCCUGCUUCUCAUGGACAACGCUCCUUCACACAUUGUUGCUGACCUGGAAAUCACCAACAUCACGGUCCAGGUUCUUCCUCCUAAUACGACUUCAAAGGUCCAACCCAUGGAUGCUGGGAUUAUUGCCGCAUUCAAGAGGCACUACCGCCGGCUGCAUCUGCAGAAUGCCUUGGACCGUGACGAGCGCGGAGAAACCAACCUUUACAAGGUUGAUCAGCUCACGGCCAUGCGUUGGUCGCUGGCUGCGUAG